AUGACUAAGCAACAACAACCAGCCGUCUUUUACUGUAACGCAGCCUUGUUUGACUGUGACGGAACAUUAGUCAACUCUACCGGUGCCAUCUCUGAAUUCUGGAGAGAAUUCGGAAAGACUAGACCACACGUUAACCCAGAAGAAAUUAUUAGAACAUCACACGGAUGCCGUACUUUUGAUGUCAUCAAGAAAUGGUCACCAGAAGAUGCUGAACCAGUGCAAGUUACCGAAUGGGAAGGUAACAUUCCAGACUCUUUUGGUCAACACGCCAAAGCCAUUCCAGGUUCAGUCGAACUCGUUAAGGCAUUUGACAAGUACUCUGAACAAACACACGAUGGUAAACAAAAGUGGGCAGUUGUGACAUCUGGUACAUUGCCAUUGGCCACAAAAUGGCUUAAAUUGUUGACAAUUGAAAAGCCAGAUGUGUUUAUCACCGCUGAAAAAGUCACCAAGGGUAAGCCACACCCAAUGGGAUACCAAAACGCUAGAGAAACAUUGGGUUACGGCUCAGAACACGCCAAGGUUGUCGUGUUUGAAGACGCCCCAGCCGGUAUUGAGGCUGGUGAAAAGGCCGGUGCCAUGGUUGUUGGUAUCUGCUCAACCUACGACCCAGAAAAGGUUAGAAAAGCCGGUGCAAACAUUGUGGUGAAGGACUUGUCCAGCUUCCGUAUAGAAGGCUACAACAAGGAAACUGAAGAGUUUAAGGUUGUGGUUGACGAAUACUUUUACGCUGACCCAGUAUUUUUAGAAGAAUCUGCUUAA